UCUCAGACAUCAUAAAUAUAUAACGACGUGUCCCCACGUGUUCAACGUUGAUUAAUUUUGUCAACUAUGUAUCCUUCAACGGCAGUUAGGCAUGUAUAUUGAGCAUAUCUACUAUUACUUUAUAUAUAAAAAAUAUAUAUAUUAAUAAAUAAAUAAAUAAAUUGCCUCUAAAUAAAUUAUCAACACACCUUAUAACAACAGUACACUAAUUUCCGACAACAACAUUCCAAAAUCUCCAUCCUCAAGUUUUCAUUAAUCUCUCCAAAAAAAAAUAAAAAUUCCUUAAUUACCUUCUUUAACAAGAAAAUGUGGUGCUCAAAAUUCGACAUACUUUCGCUAAUCAUACUAUUCUACGUAGCGCAUUCGGAAAACGAUGCUGGAUUGUUCGAAGAUCGAGCAUCGCUCCUCUCGUUCAUGUCGGGAAUCACCAAAGAUCCCGAGAAUAUUCUCGACACAUGGAACACUUCCGAGAACUACAUGCAUGUCUGCAAAUGGUCGGGUGUCGGCUGCGACGGCAUGAACAAGAAUAAUAAUAGAGUCGUCGAGCUUAACUUGAGCCACAAGUCUCUAAAGGGCAAACUCUCACCGGCCCUUUUCAGCCUAUCGCAGCUAGCGAUUCUCGAUUUAUCCGGAAACUUCUUCCACGGCCAAAUCCCGCCUCAAAUCGGCAAUCUUUACGAGCUGAAAGAGCUAAGUCUAUCUUCGAAUCUUCUAGAAGGAAACAUCCCAUCUGAAGUAGGGUUUCUUCCUCGAUUAGUGUACCUCGAUCUCGGAAGCAAUAAACUUUUCGGUACGAUCCCUUCUUCGAUUUUCUGCAAUAAUAUUUCAUCUUCUCUUCAAUAUCUCGACCUAUCGAACAACUCACUAAGUGGCGAGAUCCCUUUAAAUACGGAGAAUAGUGAUCAAUGUGGGCUUAAAGAGCUUAAGUAUCUCCUUCUCUGGUCGAACCGUCUCGUGGGAAAAGUCCCUUUUGCCCUUUCGAACUCUUCGAAACUCGAGUGGCUCGAUUUGGAGACGAAUUUGUUCACUGGAGAAUUACCCUCCGAUAUCUUGAGCCACAUGCCGAAUUUGAAAUUCUUGUACUUAUCGUACAACCACUUUUCGAGCCAUAAUGACAAUACUAACCUCAAACCCUUUUUUGCAUCUUUAGCCAACUCGUCUAACUUGCAAGAAAUCGAUUUAGCCGGUAAUUAUCUCGGAGGAGAGUUGCCUUCUAUUAUUGGACACCUCUCUUCUCUUGUACAAAUCAACCUCGAUACUAAUCUUAUUUACGGUCCGAUACCCCCACAGAUUUCGAAUAUUGUCAAUCUCACCCUCUUGAAUCUCUCUAGCAAUCUAUUCAAUGGCUCGAUACCCUCUCAGCUUUGCCACAUGGCGAAACUCGAGAGGCUAUAUUUGUCGAAUAAUUCACUCUCCGGUGAAAUUCCGGCCUCCUUUGGCGACAUGCCUCAUUUAGGUCUUCUAGACUUGUCGAAAAACAAACUCUCCGGUACGAUUCCAGAUAGCUUUGCCAACCUUGUACAGCUAAGAAGGCUUCUUCUAUACGAAAACGAGCUCACGGGGAAUAUUCCUACGAGCUUAGGCAAAUGCGUAAAUUUAGAAAUUCUCGAUCUUUCUCAUAAUCGAAUAUCGGGUACGAUUCCCGGUGAAGUGGCCGGUUUGAGUAGCUUGAAGCUGUAUUUGAACUUGUCGAGUAAUUUCUUGCAUGGGAAUAUUCCAUUGGAGCUUAGCAAAAUGGAUAUGGUUCUUGCUAUUGAUUUAUCGUCGAAUAAUCUUUCGAGUCUUUUGCCAUCUCAGCUCGGAAGCUGUAUUGCUCUUGAGUACCUCAACGUUUCGAGCAACGGUUUGGAAGGAGAGUUUCCGGAAGCUAUCGGAAGUUUGCCCUACCUCAAAGUGCUCGAUAUUUCGUUCAAUAAGUUAAAUGGCGAGAUACCGCACUCUCUUCACGCAUCACCAACACUCAAGGUACUCAACUUUUCUUACAACAACUUCCACGGAAACAUAACCGACGAGGGGGCAUUUUCGUCACUAACCCUCAAUUCUUUCUUGGGAAACGAAGGGCUCUGCGGUUCGAUAAAGGGUAUGAGAAAAUGCCCUAAAGGGCGAACUCGUCAUUUCUUGAUUGCGAUUCUACUCUCGUUAAUCAUCACUCCCAUCUUCUGCAUAGUUGGAUGGCGAUCAAAGAUCCGACCCCACUUAACCGUUUUAAAAAACGGGAAAAAGGGCGUUAUCGUCAAAGACGAAGAAGAAGCUUCUAGAGAUAAUAACAAUCAAGAGGUCAAAUACCCAAGAAUCUCGCGGCGGCAGCUUCUAGAAGCUACCGGAGGGUUCAGCGGGUCCAGCCUGGUCGGUUCCGGAAGAUUCGGACACGUAUACAAGGGUGUUCUCAAAGACAACACUCAAAUAGCGGUUAAGGUACUCCAUGCAAAAUCGGCAGCCGAAUUAUCGGGCAGCUUUAAGAGAGAGUGCCAAGUCUUGAAAAGAACAAGGCACAGAAACUUGAUAAGGAUAAUAACUACAUGCAGUCGGCCCGAUUUUAAAGCCCUCGUCUUACCGUUGAUGCCUAACGGUAGCCUCGAGGACCAUCUUUAUCCGGGCUCGUUGAAAAAUAUUAACGGCCUCGAUUUGGUUCAGCUUGUGAGGAUUUGCAGUGACGUGGCGGAAGGGAUGGCUUAUUUGCACCACUACGCGCCGGUGAAGGUUGUGCACUGUGAUCUUAAGCCGAGUAACAUUCUUCUCGACGAUGAUUUCACGGCUUUGGUUACCGACUUCGGGAUCGCGAGAUUGGUUAAAGGCGGUGGUGAUGAGAGUGGCUCUUGUGGUGUUGACGAUUCGGUGUCGUACGAUUCUACCGACGGAUUGUUGUGUGGCUCGGUUGGUUAUAUUGCUCCCGAAUAUGGAAUGGGAAGGCAUGCUUCGCCGCAAGGAGACGUAUAUAGCUUCGGAGUUCUUCUACUUGAAAUAGUAACGGGAAAACGGCCGACGGACGUUCUUUUCCAAGAAGGUUCGAGCAUGCACGAAUGGGUCAAGAGUCAAUACCCUAACAAGCUCGGGCCAAUCGUCGAAGGAGCAAUGGUGAGGCGGGCCCCACGGGGGCCCGUUCCGUUUGAUAGGAAGAUAUGGGCCGAUGUGAUAUUGGAAAUGAUCGAACUCGGAUUGAUAUGCACGCAGUAUAAUCCGGCCACGAGGCCUAGCAUGCUUGAUGUUGCUAAUGAAGUUAGCAUUUUGAAGCAAUGUCUUUGUGCUAGUCCUUCAAAUUUAGUUGUUGAAGAUGCUAAUUCAAUAAAUUAA